AUGUCCUGGAGCAAGGAACAAGGAACAACCCCACUUACCCCCCUCGACGUAGUCACUAGGGCCAGGAAGAACCCGUGCAUUCGGACAUGGAACCUUCAGAAGAGCCUCAGAGUUGCCGAGCAACUGCUGUCGUUGGAGGACAAGAGCAUCCUCCCCGACAUAGAGGACAUCAUCAACGGAGCUGUGCGGGAGGUCAAGGAGAUCAUUCAGAACAGUAGCUUUGAUGACGUGGAAGACUUGAUGGGGGUGGAGAACGGAAUAAGUCCCAAGCUGCAGUCCUACGACAGAGAGGGGGUUGAAGACAUCUUGCAGCAGAUCGCCUCGAUGCAGGAGUCUGUGAGUAGCCUCAAGGCAAGGUCAACCCCAAGGAGGGUGAAGGUGGGCACAGACAGUGAGCGGGGCAGGAGGCUGAAAGAGUCGAACAAGGAGAACAUGGUUGAGAACGCGCAUGCUCCCAGGGUCUCGCUCACCUUCCCUGAGCUCCCAGCUUACAAGGAGAAAUCCUCUCAUGACGAGCUGGAGGCUUCUCCCGAGCGCACGGAGACGCGGGGAGGGGAGGGGCUUCCAUGGCGGGGAUGGCAGGCAGAUCGCGAUUGGCUGUCACAGCGACUAGCGCGAACCUUACUUUCUCAGCUCAUCCCGGAGACGUGGAGAGAGGACGUGCACUUUGCGAUGAGGGAUAGUUCCAACUUCAGCGUGGGAGAGAUCGUGGUGGUUCGAAAUGGAGGAGGGGAGCUUGUGUUUGGGAAGAUCAGUUCGAUGGAAGACGACCAGAGUUACUCCAUCGCUGUGAAGAGAGGGGGGCGAGCGGAUGGUGCGGAAAAGGAGUAUGCUCCUGUGCAGAAGAGAGGUUGUGAGAUAGGAAAGAUACUGUUGACAGGAUCUUGGGAGCCUUGUGUUCCUGGAAGGAGUCCUUGCGAGGGAAGGGGGGGGGAGCGCGUCCUGGGCAAGGAGGAAUCGGCGAGGGAUGUAGGAGAAAAGUGGGUGGAGGGCGAUGUUUCACAGCAAGUCUCUGCCGUAGUAUGUUGUGAUGAUGUAGUAGGUGGGUCGGAGGAAGGAAGAGACAGACGUGUGGCGGAGGCGAAGGAGGAGGAGGAGGAGGAGGAGGAGGAGGAGGAGGAGGACACAGGGGAUGUGGAGGAAGACGAGAAUGGGCAGGACAAUCGACUUGAGAAAGUGGUCGACGACUACAAGGAGAUGGAGCAGAGAGAGCAGACAUUGGAACUAAAGCAGGAGCAAAAAAAUGAUUCUGGGCAGCAGGAGCAGGAGCAGGAGCAGGAGCAGCAGGCACAUCAGAAGGUGGAGGAGCAGGAGCGGGUGGAGAAGGCACAGGAACAGGAGCACGAGGCACAGGAGCACGAGGCACAACAGCAGGAGGCGGAGGAGCAGGAGCAGGAGCAGGAUGAAUUAUCCAGGAGCUUCGAGGAGCUGAUCGUGAGAUCUGGCCUGCGGGGGGAAGUGAAGCGGCUGAAUCGACCGUACAAGGAAGCCUUCCUGCAGGAGAGAGAGUGCGACAAGAGCCUGGAGAUCGUGCUGGAGAAGGAGGAGGAGCAGGGAGAUAAGGAGGGGGCAGAGCUGUGGCUGGAAUACAACGAGGAGGAGGAGGAACACGAGAAUGAGAAAGACACGUUACAGGUUGGUUGGGACGAGCGAGUUGGAGUCUGGGAAGUGGUUGUGGCGCGGCAGCAGCAGCAGCAGCAGCACUCCUUCGAUUGUUCAAGGGAUUAUGUCAAAUUCGAUCACCUGGACGACAAUCUUGGCAAGGAGGAGGAGGAGGAGGAGGAGGAGCACGAUGAGGUGGGGGAGGAAGAGCAGGAGGAGAAAUGGGAGAGAGCUGUGGAGGAUGAUCAUGCUGGAUUGAGGGAUGUCGACAACGCUCAACGUCAAGUCAUCUCAGAGAUCGCUGGUCAGGUAGGAGAAUGCAGAGGAGAGCCGGGAACGGCUGCUGUAGAAGAAUGCCUGGCGGAUCGAGAGCGGGAGCCUGAAGAUGAAGAUUCUGGAGCAGGAGACGUGAACAAUCAUUCAUCGUCGUCAACCGACGGAGGACAGGAAUUACGCCCUCCGCUGCCUCCUCCUGCACGUGCUCGACCUUCUCUUGCCCUUGUGGCAUCUGCUGCUGCCCUCGUCCUCGUCCUCGUCUUCAUGCUGGCAAGCAAGCAUCCCAGUACCCUCCCUUCUGCUGGGAUGGCGAGGGGCCCUGCUUCUCCAUCUCUGCGCGUGCAUGCCGGAAACCUGUACGCGAACGAGACAGUAGAGGAAGGGACACAGCAAAAGCAGCAGCAGCAGCAGCAACAGCAGCAGCAGCAGCAACAGGCCGAGAAGCAGCAGGCGGGCAUAUUAAGUCUGUCAUAG